UCCACAGGGACGGAUUGCACCUUUCUCCCAUCUGGGCAGCCAGACUCGGAAGGCUCCUCAACGAAGCAGUGCGUGUCAUCCGAGCAAAAAACGAGUCACGGCCACGUCCCUCCAUCCCGCCCGUGUAAAUAGACGCCGUGCAUCGCAACAAACCCGUAACCGUGAUCCCGCAAGUACCACCACCUCUAUUACCAAGCCUCUAGAUAACUUAAAAAUCCUUAGUUUCAAUGCGCGUAGCCUAAGAAACAAAUUUGAUGAACUGAGAUGUCUUGCUUUAACAGAAAAUUUUGACAUAAUUGCUAUAACCGAAACAUUUAUCGACACCACAAAUAUUGAUUUAAGUUCCGAAUACAACAUAGAUGGCUACAGACUCUUCAACAAAGAUCGUGUAAACCGUAGAGGCGGUGGCGUCGCCCUUUAUGUCAAAAGCUAUUUGCAACCCACUGACAAAACACCGGGAAACAGUAACGUUGAACAUUUGUGCGUGCGAGUAAACAUUGCAAAAGUCAAUUUAAAUAUAUCUGUCACCUACAGACCUCCCGGGCAAUCACUCGAUGACGACCUUGAAAUGUACAGCGGCUUAAGGCAGUCACUUAAUAAUAGCGACUCACUGAUAUUAGGAGACUUUAACCUCCCCCAUAUCGACUGGGCGACACUGUCAGGUACAGAAGGCGAGUCACAUAGAAUGAUCGAAUUUCUAGAAGAAAAUUAUCUAAGCCAAAUGGUUUCUGAGCCAACUCGACAAAAUAAUAUACUUGACCUUGUUAUAACGACCCAAGAUAACCUAGUCAGUAGUGUCACGGUAGGAGAACACCUCGGUUCUUGCGAUCAUAAAUUAGUGCGCGUCGACAUUAAAGCUCAAUCAUCAGUGACUGAAAAUAAAGUAAAGGUGCCCAAUUUCAAAAGAGCUAACUUCGUAGAAAUCCGACAAAAACUAACAGAAAUACAACUAUCAGAUGACGGCAACGUAGAGGAAGCCUGGCUAAGCCUUAAAAAUCACUUACUCACUCAGCAGAACACAUUCGUCCCCUUGUGCGAGAAGCGAAUUAACACUAAUAAAAGCCCACCGUGGUUUAAUAGCGAAAUUAAACAAUCAGUCAAUGAGAGAAAAUUGUUUUACAGGUUAAAGAAAGAACAAAGCACGCCCGAAAACAUUAGACUUUAUAAUGAUGCCAGGCGACGAGUAAAAAGACUAGUAGGCCAGGCAAAGCGUAGAUACGAAGAAAAUAUUGCAGCCAACUGUAAAAAUAAUCCGAAAUCUUUCUUCAGUUACAUAAACAACAGAAAGGCGAUCAAAAGUGGUAUUGGACCUUUAACAAACAGCGACGGUGCACUAGUGACUGACAGCCAACACAUUGCAAACCUCUUAAACAAUUACUUUUCCUCGGUGUUUAAUACUAACAGUCUUCCUCUCGCUACCACCAACACCAGUACUAUUGUAAAUCUCGAGCAUGCAUUGCCUAAUUUUGAAAUAACAACCGAUGAAGUCCUUAAAGCUCUCCAUUCACUUAAAACAAAUAAAAGUCCUGGACCUGACAAAGUAUAUCCAACUCUGCUGAAAGAAACAAAGAGCGAAAUACUCUCCCUCACAACCGAAGUCAAUAUGUCCUGGCGACAAGGCAUCGGUAUAUAA